AUGACGCUCGAUGCCCGAAUCAACCAACUCCGUUCUGAGGCUGAAAGCCUUGAGGCUAUAGCCAAAAAUAUAGGUAAGGCUUCUCUCCCAGGUGUCGUCAUAGCGUGGGAGAGAGCAACCGAUUUGGCCGAACAACACUACGGGAAUCUUGAUGAAAAGACUUUGGAGAUACGUGAGCGCCUAGCCGCAAGUCUUAUGAAGGCUGGAGACUUUCAGAAGGCGAUAGUGUGUGGACUGGAGAACGAGCAACGUACGCUCGAGCGCUACAGACGGGACCGGGGUUCUUCUCGCGAAAUUAGCGCCCCGGCACGGGCGUCCAAGGAAAACCACCUGGAGGCUCAAAGACAAUUAGCGCGGGCGUACUUAGAGAGCAAAGACUACAAGAAUGCGAUCAAAAGGUUCCGGGCAAUUGUCGAAGAUAACAUCAUAUCGAAGUCGGCGGAACAAAGAUGUAUGGACCGGGUGGAUCUUGCAGCGGCCAUGUACGAACUUGGUACAGACCGCGACAUUAUGGAAGCAAUAAAUCUGAACAUGACGACCUUGCAAAGAGCGGAGGCGAGUCUGGGAAAAGAUCACAUUGAAUCCGUACAUGUAAGAUACAACCUAGGCAGAGAGUUGAGCGCUCUGAAGAAGUACGGCGACGCCCUGGAGAAAUUCAGCGAGGUGAUGGAGAUCCUCCAUUUGAAAAACUGCCAAGCCAGAUCAUCGCCCGAAUACCAACAGUAUCUAGAAGACACAGAGGACGCGGUUCGGACCUGUAAAAUCAAUAUCGAUCGACAAAACUUGAAAGCAAGUCGGCGGGCUGACGCGGCAGUGGAAGAGAAAAGACGGAGAGAGGAGGUGCUCAAGGCGCAAGUGGCUGAGCAGAAGCGUCUGCAUGAGGUUGCUGCGGCAGCAGAGAAAGAGAAAAAGCGAAGAGAAGAACUCCUAAAGUCACAGAUAGCUGAGCAAGAGCGUUUACAAGAAGCUGCAGACCGAGAAGAACGGGCCAAGGUAAGACAGCAAGCUGCCGCGGCAGCGGAAGAAAGAAGACGGAGAGAAGUGCUCAAGACACAAAUAGAUGAGCAGAAACGUUUGAAAGAGUCUGCAGACCAGAAAGAGCAGGCUGACUUGAUACGAGCGCGCGAGGAAGAAGAGGCGAGAAGGAAGCAGAAGGAAAAGGACAGACGAGCGCGCAGAGCGAAAGAAGAAGAGAAGAAACAAAUAGCUGAACAGAAGCGCCUUAGAGAGGUUGCGGACCAAAAAGAGCAGGCUGACUUGGUACGAGCGCGCGAGGAAGAGGAGACGAAACGAAAGCAAGACGAGAAAGACAUACGAGCGCGCAAAGCAAAGGAAGAAGACAAGAAACAGAAAGAGCCAGGUAGGCAAGCAGCGCGAGAUGGAGAAACGGUGGCCAAAAGAAAAGCCAAAGACAUACAUCAAGCCGAGCAAACCCCAAUGCAAGAAGCAAGAGAGAAGAGAUGGAAAGGGAAGGAGACAGCGAAGCAACCAGCAGCGGAAAGCUCAAGGACAAGAGAAGAAAAAACUUUGGAGAAGCCGGAGGCAUCGAAAGCGGAGAAGAAAGAUCGCCGUAAUGAGGAUCAGAAGAAGAAUGCAGACCGGAAAAAGACUGGGGAGGAACCGAUGAAGCGUCCGGAAGGAGAAAACACAAGACCGAAAAGUCGUGGGCAAGAUACGAAUAAGCAGGAAGACAAGAAGACUCCAGACAAGAAAGAAACCCGGGAGCCUUCGGGUACAGACAGAGGAGCGAGACCGGAGACCGAAAGAAGUUCCGGGUCCAAGGCGCAAGCCAAACCACUGGAGAAGCAGCCUCCAGAACCGAAAAAGGAGCGUAAAGAAAAAGAUGAGCACCAGAAGACCGGGAGGAGGAGCCCCAGGAAAGACCCAGCCGAUACACCAGUGGCACACACCCAGGACCUUUUGAGUGCAGACAGAGCAGCGAGACGAGACACUGAAAGGCUCUCAGCUUCCAAAGCGCAAGCCAAAUCACUAGAGAAGCAGCCUCAAGAACCACAGAAGGAGCAUAAAAAGAACGAUGACCAUGAGAACGCGGGAAGGAGGAGCCCCAGAAAAGAUCCAGCCGAUAUACCAGUGGCGCAAACCCAGGACCCUUUGGGUGCAGACAGAGAAACGAGACAGGAGACUGGAAAAGGUUCAGCCCCCAAGCCGCAAGCCAAACAACAGGAGAAGCAGCCUCCAGAAUCACAGAAAGAUCGUCAAAAGAAAGACGAGCACCGGAAGGUCGAAAGGAAGCGCCCCAAGACGGAUCCAGCCGAGAUACCGGUGGCGCAACAUCCACCUCUACCAACACACAAAGCCCAGGGUGAGGUAUUGCCGAGCGCGAUAUCCAGUAAAAGCGAAAGUUCGACUCCUCCCAAGUCUACCACUGCUCUGCCAGCGAAGAUUGAGGCGGUCUCAACGCCGAUGAGCGGCGCAAAAGCGAGUCCGACACAUCAGGUGAAGUUUUCCCCUGCGAUAGAGAUCAUUGUACACAACCAGAGUUCCUCGAGGGAAGACUCUUCACGUUCGAGUGUGAACCCCAGAAAAAGAGAGACUACUGCAGAGCCAUCGUCUAAGCAAACACCACCCGAGAUUCACCGUGUGUCCAGGAAAAGUAUCCUCCCGGCAAACCCAGCGGGUGAGGAGAACAUAUUGCAACAGUUGGAUGCGCUUGCAAAGGCUCUGAAGGGGCUUGAGGCACAAAAUGAAGAGCUGGGCAACGCUAUUUCUGCUGCUGAGUGGCAAAGUACAACACUUGGAAAGGAAAGGUCCCUUCGAGCAGUGUCACCAGCAGAAGAUGCACACCCACAAUCGAGCGCGCAGCGCGAGGGUUCGGCUAAGGAGCAGCUGUCGGAAUGCAGUAAUCGAUCUCCAGCACCGGGAGCGCACUCCGAGCAAACCACAGGUCAAUCUAGCAGGAUAAACAACGAACCUGCGACAGAUCAAAUAGUUCGCACCUCGAUGUCGUGGCUAGGGAAGCAGACCAAACAGAUGGUAGACCUGCUGGUUCCAACAGCUUCGCCGCGUGUUCCAAUCACGCCCAGAACGAUCUCUGAGUCCUUCGUGUCGAGAAAAGAGCCAGAGCAAGGAAGCAGCACUCGUGAGGCUGAGAUAUGGUUCGACACACAAUCUCAGCCUCAUGUACGAUCUGAAUCUGUUCCAAUCAUCCACCAAGAGACGUCCAAGGCCGAUGCAAGGGACAGCUUCGUGCCCGGUGGGUGGCAUCAAGACUUUGAUGAUCCAGGCCCUCUCCAUGGAUUGAGAAAGAUCCGUUCCAACGACCAACCAGGCCAAAAUGGCUUGCGGGUAGUGCAGACAGAAGACGUAAGACACAGGCGCGCCUCAUCCGUAAACACAUUGAGGAGAAGUAUUUCCGAAAUGAGUAGUGCGCCAAUCCAGAACUGGAGCGCCCAAGAUGAAGUCAUAGCCGAUGGUUGGUUCGAAGACCUACGUGACCAUGCCCAUGUACUGCUGGACAGGUACAAGGGCGACUCUUAUAAGGCGAAGAAGACAGAACGACGCGUAAAGAUCGCUGUACUCGACAGUGGCGUGGCUAAGAGCGCCACCCAGGGCCGAGUUCCGCAUCUGAUGAAGAGUCCACGAGUGAAAUUAGGAAAGCAGCUAGAUCCGUCUCUGCCCUGGAACUGUGACAGCAAAGGCCAUGGUACCCAUGCUGUCGGUGUGAUCCUCACUGUCUGUCCGUACGCAGACGUGUAUGUAUACAGGGUCUGCGAAGGUACCGAAGCAAUCGACAGGAAGUACGUAGCGGAGGCCAUCAAUGACGCUGUCGAGAAGAAGAAGGUCGACAUCAUCAGUAUGAGUCUAGGCUGGAACGAGGACAGUGAUUACGAACUUCGAGCGGCGAUUAGACGUGCUAGAGCUAGCAAUGUUCUACUCUUCGCGGCGAGCUCGAACGAAGGCAUCCGAACGAAAGCCGGCAUGUCGUAUCCAGCUCGAGCUUUGGAAGUUAUCGCCGUCGAUGCAGCAGAUGUUCAUGGUAACCCGUCCAAGUUCAAUCCUCCACAACUCAGCCACAAAGCCAGAUUUACUGCCUUGGGCGAAGCAGUAAGGUCUGCGUACCCUACACACCUUCCUUCUGAGGAUCCACAUGAGGGGUGGAAGAGAAUGGUAGGAACAUCCUGUGCCACUCCUAUCGCUGCCGGCAUUGCGGGACUAGUACUAGAAUUUGCCCGUCAACGACCGCUUUGCUUCGAGCCUGCCAUCGAAACCUACCUAAAGUCCGUAGAGGGUAUGAGACUGAUCUUGACGAAAUGCCUAUCGCUCAAGUAUGCAGACACUUCACCAUUCAACCAUCUCGAUCCGACGAUAUUAUUCCAUUGUACCGAAAGAUACGAUGACGGUGGUAGCUUUUCCGAAUCUAUGUGUCCGCGGCACAACGCAGCGUACAACAUCGUGUCGAGGCUACGCGAAGAGUUCUCGCAGGAUAUAGGCGACCAGAUGCUGAUGGAAUUGCAGAUGGAGCUGCAAAAAGAAUGGGCUAUAAGCGCUCAAAGUAGGUCAGAAGAGAAUUGA